GUUCUUGGAAAUCCAUCUAUUCUUUCUUCUCAAGAAACCCGACAUUGCCUGAACAUUGAACAACAUACGACGUUGGGAAAUGGCGGAGUCCUCGGUGCCUGCUGCGUGGUCGGCGUUACUCUCCGGUAAGUCCGAUGAAGAAAAGGAGGAACUUCUGGACAGAAUGCUGACGCGAUUGGCACUUUGCGACGACUCCAAGCUCCAAGACUUGCUCACCAGGGUCCUUCCUCUUGCCAUCGCUGCACUCGCCUCUGCAUCUACCUCUCUUCGGAAUAAAGUUCUUGAACUCUUGAGCCAUGUGAACAAGAGAGUGAAGCACCAGCCCGAGAUCGGUCUACCGUUGUCUGAUCUGUGGAAGUUGUAUGUCGAAUCUAGUUCUGAUCCUAUGGUCAGAAACUUUUGCAUCAUUUACAUUGAGAUGGCAAUUGAUCGUUUGCAUAAGGAGGAAAGACAAUUGAUGGCUCCUGUACUUUUAGUCAACAUUUCAAAGCUGUCUCUGCAGCAUCAGGACAUAUUACUUGGAAUAGUAGGGAAGGUAAUUGGAGAGUGCCAUACAUCACAUGUCAGUGAUGAUGUGAUGGAAAAAUAUAAGAUAUUAGUUGGUUCUAAGGACUGUGAGGUAUUUCUUGAAUUUUGUCUUCACACAAUUUUGUACCAGCCAUCCUCUCAAAGUGGAGGACAAGUGGGUGGGCUUUCAGCUGUGCAAGUCAAACGUGUUAUUGGAAAACAGCCACUGAAAAGUGAUAUGCUACGGGAUAGAAAGACAGGGAUGUUGAACAUCAUUGAAGGCUUGGAGCUUCCUUCUGAACUUGUUUAUCCUAUCUAUAUUGCUGCCUGUGCAGAUAGUCAUGAAUCUGUAAUAAAAAAGGGGGAGGAGCUCUUGAAGAAGAACACUUCUGGUGUGAACUUAGAGGAUCCAAAUUUGAUUCUCAGACUGUUUCUAUUAUUUAAUGGAACAUCUGCAUCCGAAAAUGUUCCUCUGGAAUCCAAAGUCAAUCCAGGGAAUCUAGCUCUUAGAGUGAGACUGAUGUCUACUUUUCUCCGGUCAAUUGCAGCAGCUAACAGUUUCCCAUCAACAUUACAGUGCAUUUUUGGAUGCAUAUUUGGAAAUGAUGCCUCAGCUAGGUUGAAGCAGUUGGGAAUGGAGUUUGCAGUUUGGGUCUUCAAACAUGCUAGGAUGGAUCAGUUGAAGCUUAUGGCCCCUAUUAUACUAACGGGAAUUCUGAGAAUGCUAGAUAAUUUUUCAUUGGGUUCGGAUACUGUAGCUCGGGCAACUAGAAGUUUUUGUUUUCAAGCGAUUGGAUUACUUGCUCAACGUAUGCCUCAACUCUUCAGGGAUAAAAUUGAUGUUGCUGUUCGACUCUUUGAUGCUCUGAAGUUUGAGGAACAGUAUAUCCGCCCAACUAUUCAGGAGGCCACAAAUUCUCUUGCUGUUGCAUACAAGGAUGCACCGUCAGAGGUGUUAAAGAAUGUGGAGUUGUUACUAUUGCAAAAUUCUCAAGUGGAACAAAGUGAAGUACGCUUCUGUGCUGUGAGAUGGGCUACUAUAUUAUUUAGUUUGAAGCAUUGUCCAAGCAGGUUUAUUUGUAUGCUUGGAGCUGCAGAUUCUAAAUUGGACAUAAGAGAGAUGGCACUGGAAGGUUUAUUUCCUGGUGAGGCGCAGAGGAAGACUGUGCUGCAAAGUAUUUCUACAGAUUACCCAAGACUAUCUGAGAUGCUGGCUUAUAUUUUAGAGCAGCAACCAGCCCUCUUAGAUUCUAUUGGGACAGGAGAUGUGAAACUACUUUUUCCAUCUAAUACAUAUGUGGCUAUGAUUAAGUUUUUGAUGAAGUGCUUGGCAGCUGAUGCUGCACAGAUUAAUUUAGCUGAAGACUCCGGAGUUUUACACACUGUGGAACGGUUGUGUUUGCUGUUGGAAAAUGCCAUGACACAUGAAGGUUCUAUUCAGUUGCAUGCCUCAGCUUCCAAGGCACUAAUAACUUUGGGAUCAUAUUUUCCUCAGGUUUUAGCCUCUCGCUAUUCUGAAAAAGUUCAAUGGCUCAAACAAUAUCUGAGUCACUUGGACUAUGAUACAAGGGAAUCUAUGGCACGUUUGCUUGGAAUUGCUUCAUCAGCACUUCCCAUCACUUCUUCAUCUGAACUUAUUGGGGAAAUAGUAUCUUCAACUAGUGGAGCACAAAAAUUGAGGUUUGAAAUGCAGCAUGGGCUGCUAUGUGCUUUAGGAUAUGUCACAGCGAAUUGUGUGUUGACAACUCCUUCUAUCUCAGAGUCAGUACUUCAAAGUGUUCUUAAAUGUUUGGUCAAUGUCGUUAAUAUAGAGACCGCAGCACUAGCUUCGGUGGCAGUGCAAGCCUUGGGUCACAUUGGAAUCUGCAUCCCGCUGCCUCCGCUUCUCAUGGACUCUACUGCAGCUUCCAUCUGGACCAUCUUGGAUGAUAAAUUCAAGAAGCUUCUCUCUAGUGAGGACAUUAAAGCUGUCCAAAAAACUGUGAUUGCAUUGGGUCACAUGUGUGUGAAAGAAACAUCUUCUUCACAUCUAAAUACUGCUCUUGAGCUGGUCUUCAGCCUUUCCAGGUCAAAGGUUGAAGAUAUCUUAUUUGCUGCUGGAGAAGCUCUUUCAUUUUUAUGGGGAGGUGUUCCCGUCACUGCUGAGCUGAUUCUCAGAACUAAUUAUUCCUCCCUAUCUAUGAGUUCAAACUUUUUAAUGGGAGACACAUCCUCUUCUCUUCAAAGUCUUCCCUCAAUGGACUUCCAAAACGUUGAGGGUUACCAUGUGACUGUUAGAGAUGCUAUUAAUCGAAAGCUCUUUGAUGAACUUUUAUAUAGUAACAGAAAAGAGGAGCGUUGCUCAGGAACUGUCUGGUUGCUAUCCCUCACAAUAUAUUGUGGUCGUCAUGCAAGCAUCCAGAAAUUGCUCCCAGACAUUCAGGAAGCAUUCUCACACCUUAUUGGUGAGCAAAAUGAACUUACACAAGAGUUAGCAUCUCAGGGCCUUAGUAUUGUUUAUGAACUUGGUGAUGAGGGUAUGAAAAAAGGCUUGGUUAAUGCACUUGUCGGAACUCUAACUGGCUCAGGGAAGAGGAAAAGGGCUGUUAAGUUGGUUGAGGACUCUGAAGUGUUUCGAGAGGGUGAAUUUGGUGAGAGCCCUAGUGGAGGGAAACUGAGCACUUACAAGGAACUUUGUGGCCUCGCUAAUGAGAUGGGGCAACCUGACUUAAUCUACAAAUUUAUGGAUUUAGCCAAUUAUCAGGCUUCCCUCAAUUCAAAAAGAGGGGCUGCCUUUGGAUUUUCAAAAAUAGCAAAGCAUGCAGGGGAUGCCCUACAACCUUAUCUGCAGGCCUUGAUUCCAAGACUUCUUCGCUAUCAGUAUGAUCCCGAUAAAAAUGUACAGGAUGCAAUGUCCCACAUCUGGAAAUCAUUAAUAGCUGAUUCAAAGAAGGCCAUUGAUGAAAAUUUGGACAACAUAUUUGAUGAUCUCUUGACACAAUGUGGGUCUAGGCUUUGGCGGUCCAGGGAGGCUUCUUGCCUUGCGCUAGCAGACAUACUUCAAGGGCGUAAAUAUAAUCAGGUUGAGAAGCAUUUAGUAAGAAUAUGGACAGCUGCUUUUCGGGCUAUGGAUGACAUAAAGGAAACCGUUCGAAAUGCGGGUGAUCGGCUAUGUCGAGCUGUUGGAUCAUUAACCGUGAGGCUUUGUGAUGUCUCUCUUACACCAGUUCCAGAGGCAAGAGAGACAAUGGCUAUUGUUUUACCCUUGCUGCUGACAGAUGGUAUAAUGAGUAAAGUCGAAAAUAUUCGAAAGGCAUCUAUUGGCAUGGUCACCAAACUUGCUAAGGGUGCUGGGGUUGCUAUUCGUCCAUACUUAAGUGAUCUUGUCUGUUGCAUGCUGGAAAGUCUUUCAAGCCUUGAAGACCAAGGAAUGAAUUAUGUUGAGUUGCAUGCGGAGAAUGUGGGAAUACAAACUGAAAAGCUUGAGAACUUGCGAAUUUCAAUUGCUAAAGGAUCUCCAAUGUGGGAAACACUUGAACUGUGCAUAGAUGCUGUUGACUCUCAUUCUCUAGAUGUUUUGGUUCCUCGUCUCACCCAGUUGGUGAGAUCAGGCAUUGGAUUGAACACCAGGGUUGGUGUUGCAAACUUCAUCUGUUUGCUUGUACAAAAAGUUGGUGUUGGGAUCAAACCAUUCACGAAUAUGCUUUUGAAGCUUUUACUUCCAGUUGUGAAGGAUGAAAGAAGUGCUUCAUCGAAGCGUGCAUUUGCAAAUGCAUGUGCUAUUGUUUUGAAGUAUGCCACUCCAUCACAGGCCCAGAAAUUGAUUGAAGAUACUGCAAAUUUACAUUCUGGUGAUAGGAAUGAUCAGAUUGCGUGCGCAAUUCUAUUAAAAAGCUAUGCAUCCACAGCUCCUGAUGUAUUAAAUGGAUACCAUGCUAUUAUAGUUCCAGUUAUUUUCAUUUCAAGAUUUGAAGAUGACAAGAUGAUUUCGAGUCUGUAUGAGGAAUUAUUUGAAGAAAACAUGAGCAGUGAACGAAUAACUCUUCAACUUUACUUGGAAGAAAUUGUUGCUCUUAUCAAUAAUGGAAUUGUGUCGUCCUCAUGGGCUAGUAAAAAGAAGGCAUCAAAAGCAAUAUGUAAGCUUAGCGAAGUCCUCGGCGAGUCACUAUCUUCACAUCAUAGUCUUUUGCUCACUUCUCUUAUGAAAGAACUUCCUGGGCGUCUAUGGGAGGGGAAGGAAGAGCUACUAAAUGCAUUGUCUGCCCUUUCUACGUCAUGCCAUGAGGCGAUUUCUGCAUCCAAUCCCGAUGCUCCGAAUGCUAUAUUGAGCCUAAUAUCUUCUGCGUGCACAAAGAAAGCACAAAAAUAUCGUGAAACAGCUUUUUCGUGUCUUGAGCAGGUCAUUAAAGCAUUCAACAAACCGGAGUUCUUUAACACGGUGUUUCCAUCUCUGUUGGAGAUGGGGAAUUCACUCGCCGGCCAAACCAAGUCGGGUCAGAGUGACAAAAAAACAGACGAGGAGGAGAGCACACCGGCCGCUUUACAAGAGAAGAUAUUAAGCUGUGUCACUGCCUGCAUCCAUGUUGCCCGAAUCGAUGAUGUUCUUCAGCAACGGAAGAGCAUCCUCGAUUUCUAUAUACAUUCUCUCUCCCCAAGCUUCCCCUGGCACGUUAAAAUGGCAGUGUUCUCUUCUGUCAAAGAGCUUUGCUCAAAGUUGCAUACAAGCAUUACUGACUCGAAAGAUAGUCCCUCGGAGACCAACACGAUGACUUCUAUUCAUGAGCUAUUUCUUACACUCUCGCCGGAACUGCUGAAGUCCCUUCGCACAAUUAAAAUAGGGCAGGUUCAUGUCGCUGCAGCAGAGUGUCUUCUAGAGUUAACAAAUCAGUACAGUGCUGCUCCGCCUUCCAAUCCGGCACAACUAGGAUUUACAACAGAGCUUCGAGAACUGAUCGAAAUUGAAAAGAACGAGCAAGCAAAGUCUUUGUUGAGGAAAUGCAGCGGCAUCCUGGACAUGCUCGAAGCGGAUAUGAAGCCGUGAUUGCAUCGAUGCGCGUAAUCAUAUGAACAAAUCAGUUUAUUCAUCACAGAAAUAGGGUAAGUUCAAAAGCUAAUGCUCCCUAUGUAUGAUUUCUCCGUGCAAUGCUCAGACUGUGACCAAAAACAAUGGCUUUCUUGUGACUUAUUUAACUUAUGAAAAGAAGAGCUUUAAUGUUAGCCUUAAAGAUUGCAGUGUAAAUGUUAAUCGACGACAUUUUAGAGGAAUUCAUAUGUGCUGUAAGGCGAACACUGCAGAAUUGGAGAACAGGCAGAUUAAAGCUACAGGAACCACAAUUU